CCGCCAGGCUGUACGCAGGCCCGGACUCCUGCCCCGAGCGUUUCUGAGUCGCUGCUGCUCUCGCCCCGCUGCUCGCCGUCUGCGCUGCCCCGCCGGUCUUCUCAGGCAGUCAUGUUGGAGGCUCUGGGCUCGCUGCCCACGCAGAUGGAUUACAAGGGCCAGAAACUAGCCGAACAGAUGUUUCAGGGAAUUAUUCUUUCUUCUGCAAUAGUUGGAUUUGUCUAUGGGUACGUGGCUGAACAGUUCGGAUGGACUGUCUAUAUAGUUAUGGCCGGAUUUGCUUUUUCGUGUUUGCUGACACUUCCCCCAUGGCCCAUCUAUCGCCGGCACCCCCUCAAGUGGUUACCUGUUCAAGAUUCUGGAACAGAAGACAAGAAACCAGGGGAUAGAAAAAUUAAGAGACAUGCUAAAAAUAACUGAUGGGAGUUUUUGUGGUUCAUCUUUACUAUAGCACCUGCUUUGAGUGAGCUAAAUUGCUUUCCUACUUGAAACAUGCAUUAAAAACCACCUACAUUCUUAUGGCA